UGUUCUCGUCGCGCACACGUUUCUUUGCUGCAACAGCUCGUAGCCGUAACAAAACACGUUUUCUGUGCAGCUGAGAUAAAAAUUCCGACUUAUUUUCUAUUGAUUUAGUUUGAAACAUAACAUUCUUUUUUGUACUGUAGAUCGUGUGAACCCUUUGCAUAAUGGGUAAAAAAACAAAGGUAGGAAAGGAUCGGCGGGAUAAGUUCUACAAGCUCGCCAAGGAAACCGGCUACCGUUCCCGUGCCGCCUUCAAGCUAAUACAGCUUAACCGUCGCUUUGGGUUCCUCCAGCAAUCGCAAGUAUGUAUUGAUCUUUGUGCCGCACCCGGUGGUUGGAUGCAGGUAGCCAAACAGAACAUGCCCGUUUCCAGUGUCGUUAUAGGGGUUGAUCUGUAUCCGAUCAAGAAUGUUCCCGGAUGUAUCAGUUUGGUGGGUGACAUUACUACCGAUAAAACCAAGUCGGAUCUAACGAAAGAGCUAAAGACUUGGAAAGCGGACGUGGUUCUAAACGAUGGGGCACCGAAUGUCGGUCGAAACUGGUUGUUCGAUGCAUACCAACAGGUUUGUUUGACACUGAGUGCCACCAAACUGGCAACGCAGUUUCUGAAACCGGGAGGAUGGUUUAUUACAAAGGUCUUUCGGUCGAAGGACUACAACGCGUUGAUAUGGGUGCUGAAGCAGCUCUUCAAGAAAGUCCACGCAACGAAACCAUCAGCUUCCAGAAAUGAAUCGGCGGAAAUUUUCGUCGUUUGUCAGCACUAUCGGGCACCGGAUAAAAUUGAUCCAAGGUUUUUGGAUGCCAAGUAUGUCUUUGAAGAGCUGGACAUUGAACCGCAGGUUAAAGUGAACCUGCUAAAGCAGGUGGAAAAGGCAAAGAAACCGAAGGUAGAAGGAUACGAGGGAACGGAUGUUCGAAAGAUAAUUGGCGUCACGGAAUUUCUGAAGAAUGAUAAGCCUUUGAACCUGCUGGCACAGAUUACGGAGAUUCACUUUGACAAUGAAACGGCCAAAAACCAUCCUCGCACGACGUCGGAAAUUCGAGAGUGUUGUAAGGAUAUUAAAGUUCUGGGCAGGAAGGAUUUGAGUGAUUUGAUAAAAUGGCAUAAGCAAUUGAGUGGGGAAUUAUAUCCUCCACAGCCGGAAGAAGCGAAGAGCGCUAAGGAGAAAGGAAAGAAAUUACUCAAACUGAAUGAAAAGAUUGACCAGGAAGAUGGGGAAGAGCCUGACGAAGAUACGGUGGAGUUGAGGAAUAUGGAUAAUGAAAUUAGCGCGUUGCAAAAGGAGGAACUACAGGAUGCUAAACGGAAGCGUAAAAAGGCGAACAAGGAGCGAGCCAAAUUGAACGAAAAGCUCAGCUUGAAGAUGGUCAUUAAAGGUGAUUUGGGCCCGACAGAAGAAGCCGACGCUAUGGUUUUUACUUUGAACGAUAUAAAAAGCCAAAAGCAGAUGAAUUCUUUGAUGGAUGCUCCGCCAGAUGUGCUGUCCGGUCCUGCUUUUCACGAUGAUGAUGAUGAUGGACGGCCGAGAAAAAAGCAAAAGUAUGUCAAGUAUGACAAAGAAACGAAAGGAGAUUUGUUUGAGGAUGAGAAGAUUCUGGCGCAAAAAUUGGACGACGAAGAUAGCGAUGCCGAUCUUGAUCGUCCCGGAUUAGGCUUGAAGGAUGAAGACGACGAUGAUGAUCUACAGAUGGAACAUGACGAGGACGGAGAAGCGGCAGUAGACAGUGACGAUCCAGAUGCCCAGAAUCCUUUGAUUACCGAUUUGGACUAUCGACACAAAGAUGAGAAACGCCGAGCAAAAGCGCAACUGUGGUUCGAAAAAGAUUCAUUCAAAAAUGUUCUUGGAGAUGAGGAUAAAACCUUGGACUACGAUCUGGAUCGGUUAACUGAAAUGUACAAAAAAUCCGGCGUCGAAGUAGUCGGUCAAGACAAAACGAACAAAGAGGAUAGGCCAUUAGGUAAGAAAGCUCGUCGGCGGGCGAGACAUGAUGUAACCGGAGAAAACUCAUCAUCUGAUGAUUCGGACUCAGAGGAGGAAGUUGAUGAUGCAAGCUUUGAACAUAAAACAGUUGAGAAAAUCGGAGGUAAGGAUGGCUUUGAGGUUGUUUCUGCUGAACGUCCCAAAAAGGUGAAAUUGAGCGAACAAGAACUGGCUCUGGGACAGCUGCUGGUGACCGGUAAAAAGACCCGUCGAGAUUUAAUCGAUGCCGCCUGGAACCGGUACACGUUUAACGAUACCAAUUUGCCCGAUUGGUUCAUCAAGGAUGAGGAGAAAACAAUGAAGAAGGAAGUUCCGGUACCGCACGAAGUUGCCAGUACCUACAAAAAGAACCUCGAAGAGAUGAACGUUCGCUCGAUCAAGAAAGUGAUGGAAGCGAAGGCAAGAAAGAAGAAGCAUGCCGCUAAGCGGUUAGAUAAGAUUAAGAAAAAGGCGGAAACCAUCAUGGAAAAUGUGGACAAUACCAAUCAGGAGAAAAUACGACUACUGAAAAAAUUGUACAAAAAGUCGGACGCCAAAAAGAAGGAAAUAACGUACGUAGUGGCCAAGAAGGCCGGCGUCAGUGGGAAGAAAGUGCGCCGGCCGAAAGGGGUCGAAGGUCGCUUCAAAGUUGUCGAUCCGCGUAUGAAAAAGGAUAGGCGCGGCGAGGAAGCGAAAACACGCCGCUCGGCCAAGAAGGGCGGAGGCAAAUCGAAAGGGGGCGGCAAACCGAAAGGUGGUGGCAAAUCGAAAGGAGGGAAGGCUGCUAAGGGCCCAAAGGGUAGACGGGCAAAGUAGGAUUCUACGAAAAGUGGGAUUACGUUGGUGAAGAAUGAGAUCCGUUUAAAAGCUAAAUUUCAAAUAUAUGAAAAUAUAUACAUAUUAGGAUUAAGCAAUGA